AUGAAUCAUCUUUCCGAUCCUGAUUCUCUACUGUCUGUGCUUCAGUACACCGCUCUUCACAACCAUGACAACGAAUUCCUGGUUGAAGAUAGAGGCAUCUCUCUGUCUUAUUCGGAGGCCUACAUUCUUGCGACGCAGUUAAUACCUGCACGCUUGGACACUCUGCUUCAUCUCUUGGCUACACAGUCCAAGGGGAAAAUCAUUCUUCUCAGUCCUAACAACACUCUGUUCAUUUUAUGUUGUCUCGCUCUUUGGAGCAAAUCCAUAGCCGUCGUUCCCAUAGCCCUUAGUGCCGACCCUCACCUCUGGGCAGGGAUGAUUUCACUGAUCGCGCCUCAGGCCAUUAUUGUGGCAACGAGCCUUCUGGACUCUUUGGAAGAAUCUCUGUUUAAAGCAUCCGUUGGAGCAAACAUUGCCAUAAUCAACCUCAAUGAUGUCAUUCCUCAGGAAUUUUCCAUGGGAUCAAAUGCCAGCACCCUCCGCACAUCACAUUUCGUUCCAUCGUGUCUUCGUUGGCUCAAGUCCGCAUAUCCUGGUCAGGUCAGCCUGCAGCAUGUUGUCGCCGACUUGCCAAUCACCGUCAUACCAAAAGAAGGUUGCGCUGUAACUCUGUUUACAAGUUCAGCCGUCGAUUGGGCCACUCUCAAGUGUGUUUCCUACACACAUGAGAUGCUCGCUGUAUCAUCUACUCGCGCAAUGCUUAUGCUUGGAGGAACUUCAUAUUCGUCAAAACCCAAACGACACCUUGGCUGGCUUCCACUUUCCCAUUGUUUCGAGUUUUGUAUCACUUUUUGCGGAGUUGUGCUACGGACUGGUGGUGCAUAUAUUUUUUUCGAUCGUUCAGUUUCAUCCCCAUCUUUGGAACCAUCGACCCCCCUAGCUCCUGCUCUUCUCGCUGCCCUCGAGUAUCAUUCUCCUGUGACAGCUUUCACGGCAAUACCGGCAAUGUUCGCCUCUUUGGUCGAAGCCUGUACAAACGAGGAUGUGCGACGGCUUCGUACUCUCGCCAGUUUGGGCGUAGGAGGUGCACAUACUUCAGAGGCUCAUUUUCAAUGGGCGGCAUCUCAAGGGAUGGCAUAUUUUGAUUGCUCAGGGGCCACAGAAGCCGUGGGCACGAUAUGUAUUCGCCGUGCUCUCGACAGUCGCCAAAGGCAUAAUGGACUACAAGUUAUUCAAGGCUUGAUGGGCGCGUUGGAAAAAAACAAUGCUUCAGACGACUUUGGAGAGCUUAUCAUUAGUGGCACCUUCCUCCCAGUUGGCUAUGACACUGGCGAAAGUGACGCUUUUCAUUUUGACACUACCACGCGCGUAACGACAUACCGUACCGGUGACUUGUAUAGUCUUCGAGAAGAUCAUGGCCAUGCUGUUACCUUUCUCCGCGGCGAAGCCAUCCCACCUUACAAUGCGGACAUGGAGCCAUUAGCAUGUCUCACUUACAUUGGACGUAGCGACGACGUUGUGGUCUUGAACGCCGGUUUAAAAGUCAACGCUCUAGCCUUAGAACGUGUUCUUGAUACCCAGAAAGGAAUUCGUCGAUCCGCCAUCAUAGGGAACAGACCGGGUGAUGAACUUUUGGCCUUGAUCCAACCCGAAGAAGCCGAUACUCUAGCAGUCUGUUGGCGUACUCUUGUUGAUGCAGUCCUGGGCCUUAACUCAACUCUGCCGCUCGAGACACGUAUUCGAAGAGAAAAUAUUUUUAUCGUUCAGGAUCUCCCUCUGACAACAAAAUCUACUCUCCACAGAAAGAAGGUGAAUCAGAUGGUCUUCGAAAUGGUAGAUGAUAGCCAAGUCUCCAGGGUUUUUCCUCCCCCACUUUCUUCGGUCGAAAUUUCGGGUCCGCCGCCUCAUAUCAAUACAAAGACGCUGGAAGUUCUGCCUCCCACUUCCGAUUUGAUCCAUCGCAUCGCUGUCAUUUUGGCCGAUAUCUUCGAUUCUCCAGAAGAUCUUUUUGAAAGUAGUGACACCUCACUUUUUUCUCAUACGCUUUCAUCCAUGGCAUCGGUGCGACUGGCAAAGGCUCUCGCGGAUCACUUCUCUGUCAAAAUCACAGCUGCCCAGCUAUUCGGCUUGCACACGGUUGGUGACUUGGCUUCUAUCAUCACGAAUGAAGAAGAAAGACGCAGUCAUCACACUCAGAAAGCCUCAAAGCCUUUCCAUCAAAGCACGCCCUCUGCAGGCCUAGACUUACUCCCGAUGAACGAGAUUUACAUAACGGGGGCGGCAUGUCGGUUUGUUGGAGGGAUUGAUGACUUGUCCUCUUUUUGGUCAGCUCUCAUAUCGCCCGACUCAUUCCUCGAUCAUCUUUCUCGCGAGCGACCAAGCUCUCGCUGGGAAAUGUGUCCAACUGAAGAGCACUUAAUGUUUCCGUCUGGGUGGAUCAGUGACUCAACAAUCAACGAUGUCAGUUCUUUUGCUGAGUUCUUCGGGCUUUCCUUGGCCGACGCUCAGGCCAUGAGCCCCAAUGCUAGGUUGAUUUUGCAGCUUGGGUAUGAAGCCAUCGAGGAUGCAGGCAUCGCGCCUAUGUCAUUGAAUGGAAAAUGUUGGGGGGUAUUCACCAGUGUCAACGACUCCGGGUGGCGGGAGCGUAGAUGUACCGAACUAGAUCUACAAGAAUACUCACAGGGACUUCAAGGAUCUGCGGAUGACGCUGCGGGAGCACGUCUGUCUUAUUUCCUCAACCUGACUGGUCCUGCGGUAGAGAUCAAGACGGCUUGUUCAAGCAGUGCUGUUGCCAUCCAUCAAGCGUGUUUGGCCAUCCGCAACGGUGACUGCGAGGCGGCUGUUGUCAUUGCCGCUACCACUCAAUUCCAUCCUGCGGGCUCUAUCUUUCGUUCCCAGAAGGGAAUAGUAUCAAAAAAUGGGAGAUGUGCACCGUUCUCUGAUCUAGCAAACGGUUUCGUCUCCAGCGAGGGAGCGGCUGCUAUUGUCCUUCAAAAAUAUCCUGACGCUCAAGUACCUACCUAUUGUUCACUGCGAGCUACAUCUGUCACUCAGGACGGAAGAUCUCGAGGAUUUCUUGCUCCAAACCCGCAGGCUCAGACGCGGUUGCUAAAUUCUGCAUUGGAAAAAGCAGCAUGCUCACCCGACGAUAUAUGUUUCUACGAGGGUACUCAACUUGGCGAUGCGAUUGAGCUGGAUGCUAUCCAGACGGUCUUUGGAGCCACGCGGACAAAGCCAUUGUACAUAGGUUCGUCCAAAGCUGUCAUAGGGCAUGUCGAGGAAUGUGCAGGGCUAGCAGGCGUCUUGAAAUCAAUGACGUGUUUUAGUCACAACGUCAUACCUCCCCAGCCUCGAACAGGUCCACUCAAUGAAUCCAUCGACUUCGAUGCUUCAAAUAUUAUCGUCACAAACAAGGUCACCCCUUUUUUUCGCGGGAAGCAGCCUCGUCUUUGCAGCGUGUCUUCAUUCGGCCUUUCUGGAACCCUAGCCCAUUUGAUCCUUGAGGAGCCUCCUUCGGAACCACCAAAUCCUAUGAAUUCGGGAUACGCAACAAGCAUAUUUCUACUCACCGCACGAAACCGUGCCGAGCUACUUGCAAUCAUCAGGCGAUAUCUAGAAUUCUUCUGUCAAAAGCAUCCACGAGAGUCUCUCGAAGCUGUGUGUAGAACAUUGCAGACUGGGCGAGAUCAUUUCACACAUCGUCGCGCCUGGGUUGUCACUGGAUGGAGAGCUCUGCUGGAUGCUCUGCGACAGGCUCUGUCAGAGUCUGCUUCAUUACCCAGUGAAGUACACUAUCGGCCCAGAGUUGGUCUAUGGUUCGGCCUUCCCCUCUCUGACCAGAUUCGGAUCGACAACGACCAUCCCUUCUACUGUUCUAUUCGUUCCAAAUGUCGUGCCGCAGGAUGGGUUCGUGAAUAUGCUUUUUUCGAGGAGCAGUUGGCUCUCGCAAAUUGCUUGAAAGCCCUGGGUUGCAACGUGUCCGUCGUGGGUGGUGAAGGAAUAGCCGAGUACGCAGCUGCCGUUUUCGCGGAGGCCAUUCCAGACAGUGCCGUAUUCCAAUUGUGUUCUUACCCCGCAGCCAACAUAUCCUCUGCCUGUAUUCGAGCUGCAAAACCUGCCUUGAAAGAGUGUCUGACAUCCUGGAGAUCAGACGAGCUGUAUAUCAGUGGUCAGCACGGGAUUGACCUGUUCACUUUAGGUGGAUCUGCUGAGUCAAUAGCGGCGCUCGACCAAGAAGCCGAAAUCGUGGUCCUCAAAAGAGAUUGUUUCCCACAGCGCACCAUCCUACGGCCCCUUGCUCGUAUACAACCGCCGCAAUUCCCUAUCGUGUCUGGUCAUCUUGGCAGUGUCCUCAAUGACGAGUUGGCCACCAGUUACGACUAUUGGAACCGUGUACAAGAGCGCACCAUACGCAGUCAUGUCGCUUGGCAGACUCUUGCGUCUGAAAGUGACCUCGUUGUCAACCUCGGCUCAAUGGAUGAUAUAGCUCACUCCCUCAAGGAUAGGUGCAUAUCGGGGCAUGGAAACUGUUUGGAUGUGCUAAUCGCUCGUAUGUUUGAGGCUGGAUGUACCAUUCAUUGGGAGACGCUCGCUUCAACAGGUCCUCGUGCUCAUCUGCCUCCGUACAGAUGGGCUACGGAUGUCGAACACAGGGAUGACGUUGGAAAUUGA